CAACUGCCGAAGAGCAAGCACUAGGGUUUUUUGUGGUGCAUUCCUAUAUUUAUUGUCUCCACUUUCAUUCCCCAAAAUUUCUUUUUAUUUGAGCUUCAUAAUUGCCGCAAUUAGGCGUUAGUUUCUCCAUUAUCACACAAACCGUCAAUGGCGGGUGACAACGGAAACAAGCAGAAUGGAACUUCUUUUGAUCUCAAUGACUUCACCAUCAUCAAAGAAGGAGAUGCUGAGAUUCUUAUGCAUGCCAAAAAUGAAGUUUUCUACAACAAUUCCCAGGUGAAUAAUAGAGACAUGUCUAUAGCUGUUUUGAGGACAUUUAUAUCACAACGAAAGCUAGAACAUGACGCAAUGUUAGCUAGACGAACCAAGGCUGGAAAUAAGGCACCUAAUGCUAAAGUGGAAAACCCAGGUGAUUCAGUGCAGCAUAAUGGUGAAUCCACUGAUGGAUCGGAAGUCUUGAAAGACGCAUCCCAUGGUGAAUCAUCUAGCAUUCCAGUGGAACAGAAUAAAAAUCUGCGGGGAAAAGGCCGAGAAGAACUAAAGCCUCCACGAGUUCUCGAGGCUCUCUCAGCUUCUGGAUUGAGGGCUUUAAGGUAUGCUCGUGAAGUAGAAGGAAUUAGCCAGGUCGUGGCCCUUGACAAUGACAAAGCCUCUGUGGAAGCUUGCAGGAGAAACAUUAAGUUUAAUGGUUCAGUGGCAUGCUCUAAGGUGGAAUCUCACCUUGCUGAUGCAAGGGUUUAUAUGCUUACCCACCCAAACGAAUUUGAUGUGGUUGAUCUCGAUCCUUAUGGAGCACCUUCUGUGUUCUUAGACUCAGCAGUCCAAUCUGUUGCUGAUGGAGGAAUGUUGAUGUGUACUGCAACUGAUAUGGCAGUCUUAUGUGCAGCAAAUGGAGAAGUUUGCUAUUCCAAAUAUGGCUCCUAUCCUUUGAGAGGAAAAUAUUGUCAUGAAAUGGCUUUGCGGAUCCUUCUUGCAUCUAUUGAGAGCCAUGCAAAUCGAUAUAAGAGAUAUAUAGUUCCAGUAUUAUCUGUUCAGAUGGAUUUCUAUGUUCGCGUUUUUGUUCGUAUAUACACUUCUGCAAGUGAUGUGAAAAAUACUCCUUUGAAGCUCUCAUAUGUCUAUCAAUGCAUUGGCUGCGACUCAUUUCAUCUUCAGACAGUUGGGAGGACAGUCUCAAAGGAUAAGAGUGUCCGAUGCCUCCCUGGAUUUGGCCCUGCAGUUCCUCAAGAGUGUAGUGAUUGUGGUAAGAAAUUCAACAUGGGUGGACCCAUAUGGUCUGCCCCCAUUCAUGAUCAAGAAUGGGUAGCUGCCAUGCUUGCAAAUGUGAAAUCAAUGAAGGAACGCUAUCCUGCUUAUGAGCGGAUCUCUGCUGUAUUGACAACUAUAUCAGAGGAACUACCUGAUAUUCCUCUGUUUCUGAGUUUGCACAAUCUCUGUGCAACACUAAAAUGCACUUCUCCCUCGGCAGUAAUAUUUCGCUCUGCUGUGAUCAACGCAGGAUAUCGCAUAUCAGGGACUCAUGUGAAUCCUUUGGGGUUGAAAACAGAUGCUCCUAUGAAUGUCAUUUGGGAUAUCAUGCGUUGCUGGGUCAGAAAUCAUCCUGUGAAAGCACAACCAUCUGACCAGUCUGGAAGUGUGAUUCUUGCUAAGGAGCCUGUUCUGCAGGCUAAUUUUGCUCGGGCUGUUGCAUCCCUUAGCCAGGCACAAGCCAAGAAGGUUGCGCGUUUCCUCCCUAAUCCUGAGAGGAAUUGGGGUCCAAAACUAAGGGCAGGCCGGCAGAUCACCAGUAAGCAUGUGUCUCUUUUGGGUCCUAAAGCAUUGAAUGCAAUUAGCAACCAUGGGGAUGGCGAGGGUAGCAACAAUGAGAACGGCGAUGUCAGCAACCAUGAGAAUGGCGAUGGUAGCAACCAUGAGAAUGGUAAUGGUAGCAACCAUGAGGAUGUCGAGGAGCCUGCAGCCAAGCGUAAGAAGACCGAAGAAUCUGAUUCAUAACUUAUAUAUCUUGGCCAAGUGUCUGCAGUUUUUAUCCCAUCAUAAUCCAUCUCUUCUGCUGCAUUUUCUUGCAGAGUGAGAUCCAUCUUCUUUCUGAUAACUGUGAAAACGUCUAUCGAUAAUGGGGAGGAUUUCAUCUUGUUUAUCUCAAGUAUACUUUUUAAUUUUUAAAGGUAUUUUAGGCUAUUUAUAUUUAUUUUGUUUGUCCCUUUUUUCCUUCAUUUCAAUCUUAAUUCCAGUGCUGUAUUAAA